CAGAACACACAAUAAAAAACGUUGUCUAUACUAGUCCGAAGAAUUGCUCGGUCUCCCAAAAGUGGCCGCAAAUAGAAAGUGAACAAAAAAUUAUGAGAUAAUCUAAAAAAAAAAGAAUACUCGAUAGAAAGGGCUACACAAAAAAAUAAUAUAAUUAGCCAUGGCUACGGAAACUAGUAAAAUGAUUUACCCCGAUAUCAAAAUGGAAGUUGAAGUGGCCGAUCCCGUGGAGCCGGAGGUCAAAUGCAGCUCGUUCUUUGCCAAUCACUGGAAGGGCUUGGUUGUCUUCCUCAUGCCCAUCAUCUGCCUUCCUGUAAUGCUAAACAACGAAGGAUUGGCAUAUCGCUGCAUGUACGUUCUGCUGAUUAUGGCCGUCUUUUGGGUCACCGAAGCGUUGCCGCUUUAUGUCACCUCCAUGAUACCUAUAAUAGCAUUUCCUACGUUGGGUAUAAUGGACUCUGAAGCGACUUGCAUGACUUAUUUCAAAGAUACGCUGGUGAUGUUUAUGGGCGGCAUUAUGGUUGCACUCGCUGUCGAAUACAGCGGUCUCCAUAAGCGUCUGGCCCUCAGAGUCAUCCAAAUGGUGGGCUGCAGUCCCAGAAGAUUACAUUUUGGCUUGAUUAUGGUGACCAUGUUCAUCUCUAUGUGGAUCUCUAAUGCUGCCUGCACAGCCAUGAUGUGUCCUAUUAUUCAAGCUGUGCUCGAGGAACUGCAAGCGCAAGGCGUCUGCAAAAUUUACCAUGAGCCUGAGUAUCAAAUGGUUGGCGGCACGAACAAAAAGAAGAAUGAAGAUGAAUUGCCUUACCCAACCAAAGUCACACAGUGCUACUAUCUGGGCAUUGCCUAUGCCUCGUCUCUUGGCGGCUGCGGCACCAUCAUAGGCACAGCGACAAAUCUUACCUUCAAGGGCCUCUACGAUGGCGCGUUCAAGGAUGCCACUGAGAAGUUGGAUUUCCCCACCUUUAUGUUCUAUUCGGUGCCCUCGAUGUUGGUCUAUACUCUGUUGACAUAUGUGUUCCUGCAAUGGCAUUUCAUGGGUCUGUGGCGCCCGAAAAGUAAGGAAGCCCAAGAGGUUCAAGUGGGCAAUGACAAUGCGCAUGUGGCCAAGAAGGUUAUCGAUCAGCGCUACCAGGAGCUGGGACCCAUAAGCAUGCACGAGAUUCAAGUGAUGAUCCUAUUUAUCAUCAUGGUGCUCAUGUACUUUACACGCCAGCCGGGUAUUUUCCCAGGAUGGGCUGAUUAUUUGAAUGCCAAGGUCAUUAAGAAUUCGAUGCCAACAAUCUUUGUGGUCAUUAUGUGCUUCGUGUUGCCCGCUAAUUAUGCAUUCGUGCGAUACUGUUUAGCCAAUGGAACUCCACCCCAGGGACCAACUCCUUCGCUCAUCACCUGGAAGUUCAUACAGACGCGUGUGCCAUGGGGUCUGAUCUUUUUGCUUGGCGGUGGCUUUGCUCUGGCUGCAGGCAGCAAGGCAAGUGGCAUGGCCUCCUUGAUUGGUCAAUCGAUGAGCGGUCUUAAGGUGUUGCCCCACUCGUUGCUGUUGCUUGUGGUUAUUCUAGUUGCCGUAUUCAUGACUGCCUUCAGCUCCAAUGUGGCUGUGGCCAAUAUUCUGAUUCCUGUGCUCAACGAAAUGUCAUUGGCGUUGAAAAUACAUCCGCUGUACUUGGUAUUCCCAGCUGGCUUGGCCUGCAGCAUGGCAUUCCAUUUGCCGGUGAGCACGCCGCCAAAUGCUCUCGUUGCUGGCUAUGCGCAUAUACGUAGCAAGGAUAUGGCUAUUGCCGGCAUUGGACCGACAAUUAUUACCAUCAUUGUGCUCUUCGUUUUCUGUCAAACUUGGGCCUUGGUCGUCUAUCCCAAUCUGAACACGUUCCCUGAAUGGGCGCAAAUAGCCGCCGAAGUUGCAGCAAAUCUCACGGAACAGUUGAAGAACAAUAGCACACGGGCUGCCGUCAAUGCCGCACAGCAGGCGCUUGGCAAUUUCACUGCUAAUGCAACAACAAUCUAAUUAAUUAGUUAGUUGUCUAGUCUAAAAUAAAACAACACAGCAGCGUGAGGGAACUGUACAAAGAGAAACAUGAACUAGGAAAAAAACGUGCCUUUGCUGAUAUGUUUAUUAGGUCUACUACACGGGACGCUAGUUAUUAUUAUUAAGAGUUGAUAAACAGAAGGAACCACCACAAAAAGUUCGAAAGUUUUUAAACGAAUUUAGCAAAAGUCAACGCAGAAUAAUUCUUUAACUAAACCCCUCUAACGAUGACUGACACACUUAGUGAGUGACUACUGUGAACAGUUUACAAUUGAUAUAGCGACUUGUGUAUAGAUUAUGUCAAAGUUAACACUAAUUAGGAAAUGGGGCGUCCUUCUAGCAGCCAAACGCAUUUACUAUCAGCCUUUAAAUUUAAAACAAAA